AUGACGCCCUCGCUGGGGGGUUCGUUUUUCAUGAUUAUGUUCGUGGACAGCUUCUCGCGGUGGAUGAAGCUGUACGGGAUGAGGCGCAAGUCGUACACCCUCGCCUUCGUCAAGACGUUCCUCGCCGACAUGAGUGUCACCGGUGUCCCUCGCUAUUUUCGGAUGGACAACGGGGGGGAAUUCAUCGGACGCGACUUCAUCGCCUUCUGUGACAACGCCGGCAUCCGCCGUACGUACACGGCGCCGGGCACCCCGCAGCAGAAUGGUCCGGCGGAGAGUGCGAUCUGGCGCGUGAACAAGGCCGGCCACGCCGCUCGUCUCGAGGCACCCCGCCUGUUCCCCAAGAUCGACUUCACCCGCGUCCCCGGCUUCGGGCGCGAUGGCGAGCGACUCUGGCUAGAAUCGUGUCACUGGGCUGCCGGCGGCUUCAACCGUUCUCCGACCAAGGCAAACGUCGGGUACAAGUCGCCGCACGAGCUCUUCACCGGUAGCCCGCCGCCGCUCCAGAUCGUCCCGUUCUUGCAGCCGGGGUAUGUGCGUGUGACGCGCGCGCGGAAGAUGGAUCCCCAGGCAGUGCUGUGCUGCUACCUCAACAACGGCGACAACCAUCACGAGUCGGCGGUCAAGGUCCUCAAGUUCGCGACGGGGCGCGUGUGCAUGACGAACAACGUCGUGUGGGUCUCCGACCGCGCGCCGUUGCUGACCCCGCCGCUGGAGCUGCCGGCGCCGGCGGACGAGGGGGGAGAUUCGAAUGUCGCCGCCGCACCGUUUCUAAUUGAGUAUAUUUCACCGCCUCUCUUACCCCCCUCACCGUAUGCCCGACCUCCCACUUCACCCGCUGCCAUACUCUCACAGGCGCCGCCGGCAACUUCCACACCACCAUCGCCGGCGGCGCCGUCUACCGCAGCCACACCACCGCCACCGGCCACCGCGCCGCCUGCAACGCCGCUCGCCGCCGCGCCACUGUUCACCAUCACCGCGCCGCCUGCACCGCCGUUCGCCGCCGCGCCACCUUUUACCAUCAACGCGCCGCCGGCACCGCCGUUCGCCGCCGCUCCACCAUUCACCACCACCGCGCCGCCUGCAACGCCGCUCGCCGCCGCGCCNGACACCACCACCACCGGUCACCGCGCCGCCUGCACCGCCGUUCGCCGCCGCGCCACCUUUCACCACUGCCGCCUCGCCUCCGGCCUCACCGUUCACCACCGCCGCUGCACCGACAAGGCAACGUUCCUGUCGACUCUAACCACUCGCAGCAUCGUCGAUGGGGGGAGGAAGGAGAUCCCGAGUUCAGCCGGAGGACGUGAUGGAGCGGAGCCGGGGGGGCGAGAGCGGGAGGGCACGAAAACAGAAGGACUGCGUGAAGAAGUCCCAUUUGCGUGCGCCACCUUGCUUGCCUCCCGCGAGGACAUUGAUCGCGCGAUGAGGGAUUUAGAUCCCCCGGAAGUGGCACCGGACUUGCCACAGUGCUAUGCGAGCGACUUGCGCCAACCAGAAAGUGUUAUCAAGGCGAAGUGGGUGUUUGAUUGGAAAUCUGAUGAGUAUGGAUGGCCAACCAAUGUGAAAUCACGGCUAGUAGCGAGAGGAGAUAUGCAGCGAGUACAUGUAGAUUGUGGAGAAACGUAUGCACCGACUGUAGCGGUUUCUAGCGUUCGCUUGUUGGCAGCGAUGGCGUGUGAGCAAAAUCUUUCUCUCCGUCAUUUUGACAUCAAGCAGGCAUUUGUCCAGUCGGAUUUGGAUGAGGAUGUUUUUAUGCGUCUGCCAGAGGGGUGUGGUAGAUUAUCAGGUAUGAUCGUGAAGUUGAACAAGAGUCUAUAUGGCCUUAAGCAGGCAUCAAGGCAGUGGCACUCACACUUGGCGAGGUGUUUGAUUUGUUUGGGUUUUAUUCAGUGUAUGGCGGAUACGUGUGUGUUUCGGUUGAUUGAGGAGGGAAGAGUGGUAGUGACUCUGGUGGUACAUGUAGAUGAUAUAUUUUCGAUAGGAGAAGAGGAGAGGUGUGACCAGUUUGGCAGGGACCUCAACACCUUGGUACCUGUGAAGAAUCUUGGGGACUUGAGAUGGGACCUCAACACCAUGGUACCUGUGAAGAAUCUUGGGGAUUUGAGAUGGUACUCUGGAUGUUUUUAUGAGAGAGAUUGGGAUGCAGGAACUUUGAAGAUCUCGCAGCAGACGUACGCUGAAGAGUUGGGGAUGGAGUUUGGGGUAGAGUACGGGAAGGAAAUUCCUCUUCCUGUAGGGUUGAAGCUUUCAGAGUUUGACCAGGAUGAGGAAGUGGUAUCAUGGCCUUUUCGUGAGCUGAUAGGAUCAUUGAUGUGGCUGGCAACGCAAACGAGGCCAGAUAUCGCGAAUGCAGUAAGAGCGGUAGCACGGUACUGUGCCUCUCCCAUAGAAAUUCAUUGGAGAGCAGGGAUUGGUAUUUUAGGGUAUGUGGUACGGACUAGUGACUUGGGUGUUACAUUCAGGAGGGGUAGUGUAGCAAGGUUGAGCAUGGAGGUGUUCGCAGACGCAGACUAUGCAAGUAAGGCUGCCGAUAGGAGGUCUGUGUCAGGGGGAUUGGUGAUGUGUGGGGGGGGAUGUAUUUCUUGGUUUUCAAGGACCCAGAAGUGCGUUACGUUGAGCACGACAGAGGCGGAGCAUGUCACUCUUGCGGAUGUGAUGAAGGAAGUGUUGUUUCUGAGGCAGGUGUGGCGUUUCAUGUUACCAGAAGCAGGCAUGCCAUGUAUUCCGGUGUUCGAGGAUAACCAAGGGGCUAUUCAGUUGGCGCAAAACCCGAUAAGCAACAGAAGGAGAUUUCGAUUUUUCACGUGGAAUCGGNAA